AUGGCCCUCUCAACGGCACAGUGGGGCGUACGUAAGGUACGGCUGCUAGGUCCAGUACUUUAUCCAGCAGUAAACGAACGGGGUUGUACACCCAGUUUUGAGGACUAUGGCCCUGACCUCUGGGAUCAUCAAAGAGGGACCAAAGUUUCUGUUAUCAAUGCCUUGGGUCAAAGUCAGGGUCUUGGUUUCUCGGUCUAUAUUGGUUCUGAUGUUCUGGACCUCAAGCAUGAGUCGCCGGCUCAUGGUGAGGGAUUUCCAGAGAGAUUGCAAUGGCUUUACGACAUCAGUGUCGAACUAUGGACUACAAGAUCCGAGGAGCAUCGUGACAGGCGAAGAAUCGCUGUCGCAACAUCCGCAGCGUACUCUACUCUGAAGGGUUCAGACGAAAACUUGUUAUCAUGCGACUUCAAGGACAUCGAUCUCAAAUCGUUGGUAUCUCCAUCACGCAAAGCCGAAGAGCCUUGGGCUUUUGUGUAUAACAUCGGCUUUAUUAUCAAAAUCGGAGGUUCUUACCAGCGGGAAUUCGACUUGCGGGAUCAGUUGGUUCCAAUUGAGUUAUAUGCAAUCUGCCCCGCGCUUCCCAAGUUUCUCCGCUAUGAAGGAAUUCCUGUCGACCUUCUCCGCUUUGCCUUGGGUCCAAAUAACAUACGGUCAAGGGACGACGCAAACAAACCAUAUCUAGAGGCUGUGACAAAUCGUGUUUUCAACAGCGGGUUUGUUUACGAUCGAUCCGGCGGAGGAUAUGCUUUCACUAGCGGCGCAGGACGCUUAUUCGAACUCAACAAGUUUCUUCGAAUCUGGACCGUGUUAAACGGAACUGCAAGCCCAAAGACGAAGGAUCUUUUCGACUUACGAUAUGCCGAGAGCAAGCCGACAGUGAAUUGCUACGAUCAAACAGGCAUUCUAAGUCUAUGCAUCAGUUUCGCUUGCAGAGACGACACCGACCGUGACAGCCUCAUCGCUUAUUUCAUGAAUCCCUUUGGUUUUCUCCACGAUACUCCCCUCGUUGGCUUCCCAGAAGGCGGGAGAAUUGCUGAGAAGAAUUGCAACAACCCCUUCGUUUCUAACGAAACUUCGAAGCUUCUCCUUGCGCCUACAUCGGUAUAUCGUUCGAAAUUCAGUAACCACGUCUUUCUGGCGUUUCGGGAACGAAUUUACGAUGCGUGCGCUGGACCUGUCGUCGGAACGGUAUCUCUCACGACAUACGUAGACCAAGCUAUCGACAGUGCAGUGGACACAUAUCCACCGGAAAUAAGGGUUAUCAACAGCGAUAAACAAAAAGUCCUGGAGACAGUGAAUAUUGAGGAACUCACUGGUAGAUGGUGGGAUGCACGACCAUACCAAUCCAACGAUAGCCAUGGUGGAAUUCUUGGUGAGCUAGACAACAUGAUGCACCGAGGGAGUAUGUGGCAAGCACCUGCAGACUUGGCUCACGAACUCGAUGACAAGGAGUUCAGCCUUGAUACGAUGGCACUUGGACCUUGGCUCGUGGACAAUCAUCAAGACGUGGGAUCUGUCAAAGGCCCGGCUUUGGAUACAGGCGCAGACGAAAUAACUAAAGAUCCCAGUCGACAGGGCGAGUUCACGUGGGUGGCUCAUCUGAAAGAUGAUGUUAGUGCCAUGAUACAUUUCCGCAUCUUUUCGUCAUUCGAAAUCGCCGCCGCAGAGCGCAAUGGCAUGUAUUCGAAAGGGACACUCACUGGAGGACCAUCUAGUUGGAACCUUGCGAAGAAAGUGACCGUGGAAGGGAUAGUGAAUGGAGAUGCACAUGCAACUGCGCUGGUUGGCCGAAACCUUAUUGACUGCUACUCACGCGGUCUUAAGGUGGAAGGAGUGUCUGAACUUAUGUCUAAGAUAUUGGAAUUUUCGACCGACAAGUCUCGAACUCAGAUGACAGUAGGCAACAAGUCGGCGGACGGUAUCAAACCUAAAAGCAAGGAGCUAGAUCCAACAAGACAUCAUGUCGUCCGCACACGUAUCUGGGAAAAGUGUUCGUACCUUAUCCAGGCUGAGGAGUGCCUCGACAUCGACUGGUGCUACACGAGUGGGUCCAUCUUCAUGUAUGAUUACGAGAAAGGCGAUCCAAAGGAAUUCGCGCGUGAUGAUGACUUGACUCCCUGGAAUCAAGGCAUUAGCAAGGAUGAUAACGAGCCGGAGAUGAAGACUACGUAUCGUUUCAAGUUUUAUGCUAAGAGGUCGGGCGGCGACACGGUGAAGCUCGUUUUUUACGAUCGCUACUACAACGCGACGGAGAGAUUUGUCGAUUUCAGGAUCCUGCCUGAUCGUGCGUAG